AUGGGUGAACGUGUGGUGCGUGGAGAGAUGGGUGUGCACAGUGCAUCACUUGACCUCAUCACACCUGUACAGCCAAACGUAGACUCACACACAAACACCAAAACUCCUUACAGUGUGAAGAGCCACACAGAUGCGACUAACCUUGCAGAGGGCGGUACAGACGAUCCGAUGGCAACUGGACCGACCAGCAUCCUCAAAAAGACUGGACACGAGCCGGGUUCGGACUUCGAGGGGGGCAUAACAGAGGGCAGGGCACACCACGGAGGUCUGAGUGCUGGCCCUGGUGGCAUGGGAGACUGGAACAUGACGAGUCGAAGGUUCAAUAAACUGGAUUUGACGGGAGGGUACGGUAAACAUGCGACGAACAGGUCUCUCUUCAUAUUCAAUGAAGGAAAUUUUAUCAGGAAAUCAGCGCAGACUAUCAUCGAAUGGGGAUAUCCUUUUUUAUGCUCUUAA